ACACCAGAGGGUCUUGAAGAAAUGUCCUUGUGCUGUGCCAUCCGUCUCCCCGUAUGUUGAGGUCAACUGCGUUUAAAAGAGCAAAAGGACGUAUAUCCUUGGGCGAGAGAUGAAACCCCUGAUAAAUAGUGUCACGUGGCCGUCUUAGCUAUUACGUUUUAUCUCGCCGAGUUUUUUUUUUUUAUUCGGUUAGAGGAGGGUCGUAGUGUCUCGAGAGAAGAAGGAAAAAGGGCAACACAGUGAAUCUGCAGUCGAAUUCUACCAUCAAAACAUGGAGGACGUGAUUCCUAUCAUCGAUUUGGACAAGUUGGGAUUACAGAGUGCCAAGUUUGAGGAUAUUGAUCAAAGUGUCGUGGAUCGUGUUUCGAAAGAACUCGAUUCCGCCUUCUCCACUGUUGGAUUCGUCUACCUGAAAAAUCAUGGAGUCGAUCAGCAAUUGGUAGAUAAUCUAUUCUCACGUUCCAAAUCGUUUUUCUUCCUGCCGGAUUCUGUUAAGGAAAGUUAUCGUUGCGGUGUUGAGAAUUGCGACGGCUACACCGGAAGAGAUGGAGAAAUUUUAGAUACGAGUGCAAGGCACGAAAUUCGAGAGUCGUACGAUGUUGCAUCACCUAACGGCCUUUACCCUGACGAACACGCGCCGGAAUUCCGUCAAGCCAUCAACGAUUUAGCCCCUCCAAUGUGUGAACUCGCCUGCCGUUUGCUCAGCUGCAUGGCAUUAGCUCUAGGAUUGGAUAACAAUUUUUUCGGAGACAGGCACAGUUACAUGUUUAAAGCGGCUGAAAAGAAUCGAACAAUUUUUCGCACGUUGUAUUAUCCAUCGUUGGCUGACACCGACACGCUGGCCGGUGUGGUGAGAUGCGGUCUGCAUUCGGAUUACGGAACGAUUACUCUUCUCCUUCAAGAUGAUAUGGGCGGAUUAGAGAUUCUAUCGCAAGGAAAAUGGUUCCCAGCUAAACCAAUUCCAGGAACCAUCAUGAUCAACCUGGGUGACAUGAUGCAAUUCUGGACAUCAGAUCGCUACGUCGCCACUGUUCACCGAGUUGUGGUCCCAGAAGAAGAGAUCCGCCGUCGGACUGCUCGCCAAUCCAUCGCUUUCUUUGUCCAUCCCGAUAACGAUGUUAUGAUUGCUCCGCUGGAUGGCUCCGGCAAACAUCAGCCUGUGGAUGCCCUCAGUUACGUCAAAUCCCGGCUCAUCGCUUCGACUUACAAGUGAAACAUGCGUUCCAGGUGGCAUUGAAUUGAUCUUCGCUGUUGUUAAACGUCCGUAUUUCGAAAUCUUUUUGAAAUACAGUUGGAUAAACUCUU